AUGGCUGUUGGAAAGAACAAGCGCCUCUCGAAGGGCAAGAAGGGUAUCAAGAAGAGAACCGUCGACCCCUUCACCCGGAAGGAUGAGUACUCCGUCAAGGCUCCCUCGACCUUCCAGACCCGCGAUGUCGGCAAAACUCUGGUCAACCGUACCAGCGGUCUGAAGAACGCCAACGACUCCCUGAAGGGCCGCAUCUUUGAGGUCUCCCUCGCUGACCUGCAGAAUGACGAGGACCACUCCUUCCGCAAGGUCAAGCUCCGUGUGGACGAGGUUCAGGGCAAGAACUGCCUGACCAACUUCCACGGUCUGGACUUCACCACCGACAAGCUGCGUUCGCUCGUCCGCAAGUGGCAGUCGCUCAUUGAGGCCAACGUGACCGUGAAGACGACUGACGACUACCUGCUUCGCCUGUUCGCCAUCGCUUUCACCAAGCGCCGCCCCAACCAGAUCAAGAAGACCACCUACGCCCGCUCGUCCCAGAUCCGUGCCAUUCGCAAGAAGAUGACCGAGAUCAUGCAACGCGAGGCUGCCAGCUGCACCCUGUCUCAGCUGACCCACAAGCUGAUCCCCGAGGUCAUUGGCCGUGAGAUCGAGAAGGCUACCCAGGGCAUCUACCCUCUGCAGAAUGUCCACAUUCGCAAGGUGAAGCUCCUCAAGGCCCCCAAGUUCGACCUGGGUGCUCUGCUGAACCUGCACGGAGAGUCGACGACGGAUGACAAGGGCCAGAAGGUUGAGCGGGAGUUCAAGGAGCAGGUCCUUGAGACUGUUUAA